AUGGCCACGACAACAAGCAGUUAUCUCCAGCAACAUGGUGGUGGUAAACAACCUGUUCUUACGCUGAAGGAUGGCAAACAACACCAUCUCUACGAGAAAUAUAAAGUUGAAUGCUCCAGAGAAGGCGGCAGACCAAUAAGUGAAACAAAAUUCUUGCAGGGACUAAAUGCUGGUAAUUUUAAAGAAAUGGCAGAGAUGGCAGGAUUAUGCAACAUCUGUGAUGAAGUAGGAGCUCGAAAUUUUGAAAGUUUGAACACACUUCUUUCGAACCUCGAAGAAGUAGUCACAUCCUUUGAAACAUCAAUAAUGCAAGAGAACAAUACCGAUGAUAACUUGGAGAAUAGCUGUUUGGCAUACAAUGUUAUUAUGGUUGAGCUACCACCACACCAAGACGACAAGGAACAACUCAAUCCGCUCCCCAAAGACAGCCCAGUAGUCAUGAUUGAAACAGAACCCAGUGUGUGCAACCUAUCUUUGUCUGUUAAGGGACUAAAAAAAAGAACAAAGGCUUUCAGAGGCCAUCUGCUGUCUGACUUCCAACAUUCACUAAGCAUUACCUUGAACUCCCCAUGCCAUUGUAUGACCUGGCUUCUUGAAGGAAAUGCUCAAUGUAAAGGCCACAGUGAAAUGUGCAAUAAAUGUUGUUAUUUCAAGAUGUCCGUACGUUUAUUAACAAUACUCAUUUGA